CAGCCGCGGCGCGUCCCUUCGGCCUCGACCCCCAGGCUGCGGCCGGACGCGUGCGACGACCCCGCCGGGCCAUCCCCAUGCCCGCAGCGGGCCCCCGCGGCGGCCACUCCUCCUUCGCCACGGCGUCGUCGACCCUCUACGCGGCGUACGGAGCGGAGCCUCGUCGGCCGCCACGGCUGGAGCUCGGCCGCGUCGUGACGGAGUUUGAUUCGGCUCUGACGAUCGAUUCGCACCUGGUGGCAGUACCCGUGACCCGUCCCUCUCCCAUGGCCCCGGCGAGACCACGCCACGAGGACCUUGGCUGCGGCCGCCCGGUGUCCCUGCUCCCGGUCCGAGGAGCUCGUCGCACUCACUCUUCCCGCCGUUCAGCAGCGGCCGUGGGACUCGGAGGUGAACCCCGCUGGCUGAUGGCGGCGGCUGCGGUGGGACGACGCGGCCGAUCCGGUGGCUUUGCCAACCCCUAUGCUGGCGUGCCUCCCCAAGGCCGGCGCGUGUAUGCUCAGGGGGAGAGCAAUGGUGCUCCGUCGGAGUCUGACAGGAAUGGGCACAAGGAACCAAGAACAGUGGAUGAGUUGAUGGAAGCAUACCCACGAUGCACCUCCUUCUUCAAGUUGGUCACCGUAGUGCUGUGUCUCGGGCUGUGCUUCUUGUCCGCGAAGGGUGAUCCAAGGGCAGCCUUGAUGGUCACGACAUCGAAGGAUGCAGCCGAGGUCUACAAGUUCCUUUGUGACGUUCUACUUAUCUUGAAGAAGCUGUUCUUUCCAUGAUCUAGAUCGAAGAGUGCAGGUGAUGGGUGACACUGUGAUUUCCUUGGAACCUGAAGAAAACGCUACAGGGGUCAGAUACAGAUAUCAGAUAGAGCAUAGAAGAUACCGGAGACCUUCAACUGUUGUGCCGUACCUCAACCUCAAGUGGCCGGCCAAAUCCGAUAACAUAGGAACAAUGCCCACGUGUUUUGGGAGGAGGAUCCUCUACUGUUCGGCAGCCUGCCGUUCUGCCACUGACAUGUGGGCCUGUUGGAAAUCUGGCCCACAUGUCAGCGGCCCAACGUCACCUAGGACACGGCAGAGGAGCCGUGUCCCGUGUUUUGCGCUGUUAUUUUUCUACUCCGCACAUAUCCGUCGUCUGCACAAUUUGCACCCCCAACACACGCACAGAAUUAUUGGGUAUUAGUAUUACCAAAUUGUCACUGUGUUCGCUCAGUUCGGCGACGUGGGGUACCUGCGUAUCCCGGGACUGGUAGUAUGAACUGUCAGCUGUAGUUUCCGCUGAUACAAUGGGCGAUUUGUCCG